CCAACACUUACUUUCAGAAAUAUCGAGGUUUUUUCUAGAGACGCACUUGACUUGAUUACCUUGAAUCUUCAUCCAUGGCCAAAGUCGUCCUUCCUACAAUGUCCAGCAAUGAGGAGGGGGGCAAUAGCCCUACGCACUCGAGCGGCUCAAGACAAGCUGACAGCACUCCUCGCAAUGACCAACCCGUACCUGCCGAUCCAGUCAACGGUGACGACACCAGCUCAACUGAAAACUCAGAUGGCAACUUCAAUACCAAGGAUUUUGCCCCUAUUGACGUAACACACAACCAUAAAGAAGAUCAUUGAUGAGUAUACUUGUCGUUUAGGAACAAUAGUUUAUAGCCAACAGCAGUAAUUUUGCACGGAUGCUUCUGGGUCAGGGUGGACGUUGGAAUUCAGGCCAUGAGUCUCUAAUUAUAAGGGCCUAAAUUUGCCAUCAAGAUAGAUAAUGGAAUUUGGGUUAUUGAAGCAAUUGUUUAAUUCGAAAGCGUCAUAAUUCUUGUUAUUGAUGCAUUGUUUUGUCUAGU